AUGUCGGCGAGGUUGGACUCGCCGCGGACCUCGGCUUCCUCUUCCUCCCAACCCGCUCAGCCGAGGACCGAGAGCCUCCCCGCCCCAGGCGUCCGUCCAUCCCCCGUCGAUGGGCGGCUCACUACUUCCACCGGCACCGCCUCGUUGGAUGGGCUCUUAGCCGGGCAUGCUGGCCUACCGUUGGGCACGUCACUGCUCAUCGGCGAGCACGGCACUACCGACUUUGCCGGCGUUCUUCUGCGCUACUAUGCCGCCGAGGGGAUGGUCCAAGGACAUCAAGUCCACGUGCUUGGCCCGUACGAUAGCUGGAGGCACGAACUACCUGGCCUUUCGAUCCAGGAAAAGUCAGAGUCGGGCCAAUCAGAGGCGCCUUCGAACGACAAGAUGAAGAUAGCCUGGAGAUACGAAAGCCUGACAUCCGCGGGUGCCCCGAGGGACAGAGAGAUCCUUCAACGACAGAACGGCCGCUCGACGGGAAAUAUGUCUACGUUCUGCCAUUCCUUCGACCUCUCAAAAAGACUUAAUCCUAAGGAUGCGAAGGGGCAGAUUGGCUUCCACCCCUCGAUGAGCGGCUUUCAAAGUCUACCCUCGCCCACCAGGAGAGAGUCGCCGUCUCCUUUCAAGACAUUUAUUAAAGACGUCGAUUCUAAGCUGGGAAGCUCGCCGCCCUCGUGGAUCCACCGGAUCGUAGUCCCAGGCCUCCUGUCUCCCACAACCUACGACGGCUCGUCCGCCAGACCUGAGGAGGUGCUGCAAUUUUUACACGCGUUGCGAGCGCUGCUGAGACAGUACCCUGCGAGGCUCACCGUUGUGAUCGCCUUGCCGCUUUCUCUCUAUCCCCGGACUACGGGAUUGACACGAUGGAUGGAGAUACUAUGCGACGGCGUCGUCGAGCUCAUCCCGCUCCAAUCUGGCGUCAUCCAUGUCCCGCCUCCAUCAUCAAAAUCCGAUUCCAAGCCGGACGAGCAGAUGCAGGGCCUCCUCAAAGUACACAGCCUACCUCUAUUCCACGAAAGGGGCGGGGGCUCCUCGGAGAAUAACUCGGCUGGCGAGGACCUCUCGUUUAGUUUGAGCCGUUCAAGAGGCUUGGUGAUCAAACCGUUCUACCUGCCUCCGGUCGGGGAAGACGAGGGAGGGAAAAGCAAAUCUGAACCUGGCAAGGGGACCAGCGCGGGCGCGGGUCCAGGUAGCCGCUCUCGGGUGAGAAUCUCGAAGGUUGCAGGCCAAUACCUACUCUUCGAUAUCGACGAUGUCAUGUACCUGCGCCGCCAUCACAACAUCUGCUCCGUCUUUGUCGGCACGAUCCCGCAAAACUCGCAGCAGAAUAUUUUCAUGGGCCUUCCAGUCGAGCUGAUGCCCGAGGAGGCGCGGGUCCUCGUCGAUAAGCGCGUUGCCUUCGUCGUCGAUGACGCUUCUUUCCACCACCCCUCCCGGCUCGCCCAAGCCCUCGAUACCGAGGCUCGUCGUUUGUACCUGCAAGCUAUCAAGGCCGAAGGAAAGAGGGCGCAGCUGGCGGCGGCCGAAAGCAAGGCACGCUCGAAGCCGCCGCCGGGAGAGGGGAGAAUAGGCAAGAGAGCAAAGGGUAAGAAAGCAAAGCAAAAAGAAGAGGCCGAGAGGAACGACGGUGAGGCUGGUAGGGACGGUACCGAAAAAGAUGUAUCUCUCUACGAGCCGCCGGGCAGUGCCUCGCCGUCUUCCGGCGCGCAAGCAGCAAAGCCAGCAAAAGAACCCCCGGGCUUCGCGGUAACGCCCACCACGAGCAGCCUGCUCUAUCCACGCCCCCAGCCGGGGGAACCCGCGUCCGCCGACAUCGACCUGCCCCCCUCUUACCCGCUCUACGCGCACCUGCAGGCCCAGGGGUACUACCUGAUGCCCGGGCUGCGCUUCGGCUGCGACUACAACGUGUACCCGGGCGACCCGCUGCGCUUCCACAGCCACUUCCAGGCCACCGGCUACGGCUGGGACGCGCCCGUCCGCGUCCUCGACAUCGUCGCCGGCGGCCGCCUCGGCACCGGCGUCAAGAAGGGGUAUCUGAUCGGGGGCGCCACCGCGCCGCCUCCGGGUGGAGACGGCGGCGGAGCAGCGAACGGCAAGGGCGGAGGAGGAGAGGAAGCAGUCGAGCAGAGCCCCGCGGCGCCGCACGCCAGGGUCUUCUGCAUAGAAUGGGCGGCUAUGUAG